CCUGGUUAUGUCAUCCUUCUGCCUUGGCAGUCUGUAAGCCUCGGUAGUAUCACUCAGUAGUAAGCGGAUCGUGUUCUCUUCUUCCAGGUUCAGGUCGAGUUCUCCGCUUCACCGACACCGGGCAGUUCCCUCAGCCAUUGCCAAGCAUGCAAGCCAUCAAGUGUGUAGUGGUGGGUGACGGUGCCGUUGGUAAAACCUGUCUACUCAUCAGUUACACAACCAAUGCCUUUCCUGGAGAGUACAUCCCCACUGUGUUUGAUAACUACUCUGCCAAUGUAAUGGUGGAUGGAAAACCAGUAAAUCUGGGAUUGUGGGACACAGCUGGUCAGGAGGACUAUGACAGGCUGCGACCGCUGUCUUAUCCUCAAACAGAUGUGUUUCUGAUUUGCUUCUCGCUUGUGAGUCCAGCUUCUUUUGAAAAUGUUCGGGCAAAGUGGUAUCCAGAGGUACGACAUCACUGUCCAAACACUCCUAUCAUCUUGGUGGGAACAAAGCUAGAUCUACGAGAUGACAAAGACACAGUGGAAAGACUGAGGGACAAAAAGUUGGCUCCUAUAACCUACCCUCAAGGGCUCGCUAUGGCCAGAGAGAUAGGGGCUGUGAAGUACCUGGAAUGCUCAGCUCUGACACAGCGUGGCUUGAAGACAGUUUUUGAUGAAGCGAUCCGUGCAGUUCUGUGCCCACCUCCUGUCAGAACUCGAGGGAGGAGGUGCACUGUAUUUUGAAAGAAGAUAAUGGUAACUCAACAAGUAAAACAGCUACCCAGAAACUCUGCCAUUUGUCACUGUGACAUGUCAGCAUUUCAGCUUUGGUUCAUGAGUGGUCCUGUAUCUGAGUGUGUCUCUCUUGGCGCAUCAGCCCAAGGGGUUGCACUGGUGUCUCUGGAAUCAUAUACAAAGGCUUCUAAGGCUUGGGCCAGGUUUGUAACCAAGAUGGCCAUGAACAGUGAGCAGGCGAAGAUAAACUGUACAUAAAAUGUAGGAAUCAGUGAUUUUUUUCUGUUUGUCUCAGAGUUUUUAAACUUGGCUUUGAUGUUCAUGUGAACAGGAUGGGGGUUAUUUUUUCCUUCUCCCUUUCCUCAGUUGUUGUAGAGUGGCAUCCACAGACUUGCUUCCUUCUGGUAUUAAACAGACUUCUCCCCUUUUGUGCCAGACAAUGUCGUUAGCGUCUGUGAUUCAAUACAUUAACAAUAUUGAUCCAGAUUUCAUGUAACAGACUGCACUCUGAAUGACAAGGUUUGUUGCAUGCCUCUCUUUACACAGAAAAGAUGAUGGGUUUGACUUAUUACACUGCUCCUGGUAACUGAAAUAUAGGCUUCAGUUGGCUGUAAUGUGCUUAAACAGGAGCAGGUCAGUCUGUGCACUAAUGAAGUACUAAUACUUAAAAGGUACCAUGUACUCAGGGUGCAGUUUGUCAUUUCCAGCCAAAGCUGUGGUGACCUUCUCUUCUUUGCCCAUAAAAAUGUGUGCAUGCCUGGUCUUUUCAGUGGAACGCUUCCCCCAAUAAAGUUGUUUAUUUGCUCUUUUAUCUGGUGCUAUUAGCAGAUAAUAUGGACCAGGCAGAGCUAACUUGCUGGGAAAGUAUGUUUAUCUACUUUAGAUCUGUGGGCAGAGGGGGGGGGCUGUGACAUUUCAGGGCUGAUAUAACAUCCACCAAGCAUCCUGACACUGCAGUACAGAGUACUGAUUAACAAUGUAAUAAGACAGCCCCCCUCCCAAUAAGUAAAGGUUUGCAAGUUACCUUUAAGUUUAGUUAAUCACUACCAUUUCAAAAUGUCAGAUAUAAAAAGUCACAUGAACAACAGUUUUUGUGAAGCAUGUUAUUUAUACAUGUAUGCCCUUUGGUUUCUGUUUACUCUUACAGAAGAGUAUACUGAUCCAUGUUUUGCUGUAAAAUGUCAAAUGCAAGUUAUAAAACUAUCACAUGGUGGUGAAGGGUAUCAUUACAGACAUGACACUAAGUAAUACUGUUGGGAUAUGGAAACAUAUUAUGAAUUUUGACAGGGGAAAGCCAUGUGACUGUAAAAGGAUUUUUUUUCAUUCAGUACAUCACAACAUGCUACCUCUCUACCCCUAUGUUCAGAAUUUAGACAAUUGAUAAGAUAACAUGCAUGUUUAACUGUAAAUAUGUUUUCACAGUGUUAAUCUUUAUCAGACAAAUCUAUGCUAACAGCAGCAGCAGUACAGAAAGAAGCAUUCGCAAAACAGCUCUUUAAUUCAUGAAAGUUUCGAGUUUGAGGCUUAAUAAAAUAAAACCAUUGGAAACUACAAAAGAAAAAAUACCUCCUUGCAUAAAAAAUGUUUAAACUGAGAAUGCCAUUUGCCAGUACUAGUUUGUACUUGAACUGCAAAACUAUUUAAAAACAGGUGCAUAACUAAAUUGCCUUGUUCACAAACAAAUGUGCCUUUAAGAGCUGAUUCUAGAACCACCCACUCAAGAAAUAAAAACCAGUUCCAGACGGUCUCUAAAGAUACAAGCUCACUACAGCCUGUGUGUUCACUACCAUAUUUGGGGGUCUUUUUUCUAUGUUUUCAUUCAACCGUUUUUACAACAGUCAUCUUUUUUAUUUGUUGUUUGCAUGAGUAGUAAUGAAAAAUGUAACACUGCAAAAACUGUUGAGUACUUAAGUAUUUAUUCUCUUUUUUUAUUUGUUCUUCAGUGCCAAGCAGCCUACAACUUGGCAACAGGGUAUCAUCAGCUACUCCAGCUUCAGGGGCAGGAUUUUACCUCUCACAAACAUGUAGAGAGAACAGCUAUUUUCUCAAGCACAGAAUAUAGGUACACUUCCAAAAGCUUUGUAAAGUCAAAUUAAUGAUGCAGCUAUUAGAAUAUCGCAAUUUUAAAAACAAUUUCAUGACUUGGGAUACAAAGGCUGCUAACUACAAGUGUAUCAUUUGAUUUAGCUGACAGCACUACACAAGCUAUCCAGCUGUUAAGUGCCAGCUCCUGAAUGGAGAGGCACUUUCAUGCUGCUGAAAGACACCACCAACCUUCCAGAAAAAAAUCAAGUAUUCUGACACAACUGCUGAAUGCUAGCCACACAAAAUAAACACUUUUUAGCAUGCUUGCUAGAAAUCAGUGGAUAGGUAGUAUAGAUUACCUUCACAAGUCCAAACUGCAGGACUGAAGAAGAGAGACAUCAAGGUAACUUACUGCGUCUUCCAGGAAAUGCCAGGAUUUCCUUGGCACCCUGGAUGUUCACACAGCACAACUGAAUGCUUGCUAUACCUGUAGAUAAACCAGGGCUUUAUUUCCGUUUGUAUAUCAUUGAUUAAUCAUGGGUAUGUAAGACAGUGGCUGUUGCUUUGCAUGUCCCCGUUUCCCCAUUUCAUGGUUCUCUUACUAAAGCAAUGCUACCUCUGAGGUUACACAAACUCAGGAUAAAAGGAAGAGUAGUGAAACAGGAAAAAAUAUAUAAAUUCUUUACUCUGAAUGACCUGACUUUGUUCUCAGCAUUAAAUGUCACUGCCUGAAAUUCCACAACCAACACAAUGAAGCUUCAACAAUAAAAAUCUUUGCUUAAAGACAGACAUCACUCAGGUCAUGAUGACAAAGCAGGGUAAGACAAAGUGUAGUGUUCCCCUGAACCAAUCAUUAUAGAGUAUAAAACCCAGAACUUACCUCUGCGGUACUCCAUUAGUUUGCUUAUUCCUAAUGCUGUCCACAGUAUAGCUCUCUAGUACGAGCCUACAAUCACAAUGCAGUCAAAAUGUUCAUCCAGUCUCAGCCAUUGUAGUUUUCCUCAGUUUGUUGUGCAGGAGCAAGUCAAAGCCUUGGGGAUGUUCAACUUGACAGCAUUAUGUCAAGUUCGCCUGUAAGCCAGAUAUAACAGGAUCAGAUUUGACUGACAAGCUAUAGGCUAUAAGCCCAUAUUGACUGCUGGGUAAGAAUUCCAAUGCUAUCCAAUGAAAUCCAAGCCUCAUGAUAAAAUCCAAGCUUCAUAAGAGCUAGUACUGGGGACCUACAUACAAGUCUGUGAAUAAUGUGUCUUAAAGUAUUCCCUUUCCUCUGAGGUAAUGACGAUUUUGCAGUUAGUCUGUGUUAUAAUGGUCUACGGGGAUGCAGGGGAGCUUACGAUGUGCAAAGAAUAACUUUAAAGGAGAACAAUAACUGUCAACAUUUUAUGUAGUUUCCCUGUUAUUUUCUUUUUUUUUUUUUUUUUUUUUUUUUUUAAAUGUAAUUCUGGAACUUCCAGUUACUGGUCUCAGAAUUACAGUAGCAAGCCCGACUGUUGCCCUUCAGGAAAGCAACCAACCUCAGGAUUCUCUUUAGGACUUUCUCUGCCACCACUGUUAGGAUAAAAAGCCUAUAUUCCACAAUUUUUUUCAACCUCUCUUCCCUCCUGUAUGAGGGUACAUGGUUGCCUUCUUCCAAUUUUCAAGCCCAUAUUCUGACAAAUUAUUUCAAUUCCCCCUAUCAUGCCAUACAAAGGUACAUGGUUGCCAUAUUCCAGUCCUUAGUCACUUACACACUAAACAGUGACCUGAAGAGCUUUGUCAGGGGUUCUAACAGCACACCAGAUACAUUUUGAGGAUCCUGGAGACACUCUAUCUUGACCAUACACUGUCAUCUGUUAGGACAGCCAGUUCGCUUUCUACCUCUCCCUUCUGUCCUGGCAUCAGACCACUGCUCUCCUCCCCCACCAAGGUUGUCUCUCCCCUCUUUGUUCUGUGAAGACAAAAUCAAUUUUAGUUCAGUCUGCUCCCCGACUUCUGUGAUCUCCUUUCCAUCCUUAUGGAGACUAGCCAGGUAUAUUCAACACUUGUUCCUCCUCCUUGACCCCUUUUGCCAACUUCCUUUGCUUACACUUUUGCUGCCCUUGUCUCUUCUGUUGCCCUUCACCUUAUCUUCCUUACCUUCCUUCCAACCCUCAGAAGCCAUCUCUUUUGCAUUGUUAGUCUCAUUUUCCUAUGCAGUCUUGGACAGUCAGAGAAUUAGCCCGUUUUUCUCUUCUCCUCAAAACCUUAUCCACAGUCCUCAUUAUUCCAUUCAGGAACUAUUCCCAGUUUGUUCACCUCUCAAUUUGCCUCCCAUCCCUUAGUUAAUAUCCGCAGAACCAUAGCUAAUCUAGCAUCUUGUGCAACUCCUCAAACUGGCAUCACCCAAAAGAUCUUCUGUGGGGGGGGGGUUCUUUUGCAUUCCUGUAACUGUAAUACAUUUGAUGCUACAUCAGUAACAAGUAGCUUGCUACAGUUACUAACACACACACACACACACACACACACACACACACACACACACACACACACA